AUGCAAAGACUAUGGAACCGUGGUUGUAAUUGGGAUGACCCAAUUCCAACGGCUUUAAUGAAAGAAUGGGAAGCUUUUUAUCGAGAUCUUCCUCUUAUCGAGCGACUUCGAAUUCCCAGAUGGACUCAUAUAAGUCCGACCAACAUGGCGAUCGAACUGCACGGAUUUUGUGACGCUUCAAUGAAGGCAUACGGGGCAGCAGUUUUGGCGAUUCCAAAUGUCAAAAUGUACUCUUGGACGGACUCCACAAUAGCUCUAGCGUGGAUACGAGCAACUCCUGCUAAAUGGACCACAUUCGUGUCCAAUCGAGUGUCCGAAAUCCAGCCCGAUCUGGCGUCCAGGGGUGUACUUCCAUCAGAACUUCAGUCGCUGCAAACUUGGUGGAAAGGUCCAGAAUUUCUGCAUCGCAAAUGGGAUUUCGAUUCUCCAGAUCAGGCUGUUGAAACCGACACUGAAGAAGAAAAACGCACGGUCAAGGUACUAACUGUACAUGUUUUGGAAAGCGACAAUAUCCUUCAGGCUAUUUUCAAUUCUUCAAAUCUCCUAAGAGCAACCAGAGUCAUCGCUACGUGUGUCCGCUGCAUCAUUAAGUGUCGUCCUAAACUGUAUGGAAUCAUCACCGGUUCAUUUUAUCCAUGGGAGUUAGAAUUAGCUCGUCUUCUCAUGGUCAAAGCUGCCCAAAGUGAAAUGUUUGAGACAGAGUUAAGCUACUUCAAGGCAAAUUCUAAAAUGCCUAAAAGUCUGAGUUCAUUAAACGCAUUUAUUGAUAUAGAUGGGGUCUUGAGAGUUGGGGGUCGUUUAGAGAACUCCCUUUUAUCUUACGAUGCUCAACACCCCAUACAACCACCACUUCACGACUUUGGUUGUCAGAGAAGCUCAUAA